GUAAACAUGGAAGACAGUUUGUUGGAGGGGAGGCAAACAAUGUCUCCAGUUGUUGUCAGCGCAUCAGAGUCAAGAAAAGUGUUUUCUUCUUCUCUUCAUAAAGGUCCAUCAGCAAGGCGGGUCGCUCAUCAAAUACCAGAUGACAUCCUCAAUGACGUACAGAUCUGUGAGGCUGUAAAGCAGCUUCCUGAAAACUACAAUUUUGAGAUCCACAAGACAAUCUGGAGGAUUCGAUUGUUGGAAUGUAAGCGAGUGGCACUGCAAUUUCCAGAGGGACUGCUAAUGUUUGCAUGCCCCAUAGCCGACAUCAUCGAAAAGUUCACGGAUGCCGAUACACUUAUAAUGGGCGAUGUGACUUACGGAGCUUGUUGUGUUGACGAUUUUUCAGCCCGGGCUCUUAAAGCUGACCUCCUUGUUCACUAUGGACACAGUUGCCUUGUUCCCAUUGACAGAACGGGAGGCAUCAAGAUGCUGUACGUGUUUGUAGACAUCCAGAUUGAUACGGCUCACUUCAUCGACACGGUCCACUUCAACUUCAGACUGGGAUCCACUCUAGCUCUUGUCAGCACCAUUCAGUUCGUUACUGCACUUCAGUCAGCCAGCAGUGUCCUUGGUACAGAUUUUAAGGUUAUUAUACCACAGUCAAAACCACUGUCACCAGGCGAGAUUCUCGGAUGUACCUCACCGAAACUACAACAUGCUGAUGCCAUUAUAUAUCUUGGAGAUGGGCGGUUUCAUUUGGAAUCCAUUAUGAUUCAUAAUCCAGACAUUCCUGCAUACAGGUAUGAUCCUUACAACAAGGAUUUCACACGAGAAUACUACGAUACUAAACGGAUGCAUGAAGUUCGACAGGCUGCCAUCAGUGUUGCAUCGCGAGCGAAAAAGAUCGGCAUUGUAUUUGGAACGCUAGGAAGGCAAGGCUCGCCAAAAAUACUGGAGCAUCUUCAACAGAGAAUUAAGGAUACAGGUCGACAGUGUGUCACGAUCCUCCUGUCAGAACUUUACCCGGACAAGCUCAAACUGUUUACAGAUGUUGAUGCAUGGGUUCAGAUCGCCUGUCCAAGACUUUCUAUAGAUUGGGGAGCUGCCUUCAACAAACCUCUGUUGUCGCCUUAUGAAUUAUCUGUUGCGCUGAAAAGCACAUCAUGGCAAGAAGUGUAUCCAAUGGACUUUUAUGCUAAUGACAGUUUGGGUCCAUGGACUGUUAACAAUGAAACUCAUAGACCUCAGCGACCUCGGAGAACUCGACCGGUCGGAAACAAAGAAGUUACAAAACAUGUCGCUGAUGUUUCAACAGAGAAAAGCUCAGGAAUUAUCUCCAAUUUAAAAGAUGGAGACAUCAGUUCAGCCAAUAAAUGUGUGUCUGGGCUGGCUGGAGAUGGUUGUUGUUUGGACUUACCAAAGACAAACAACAAGUUGGAUAACAAGUCAGAACAUGGAUGCAAGUCUGGAGAAUUGACAGGGGGAGAUCAUUCUCAGCCAGGUAACCAUGCAGCAGACUGUCAGAAAUCACAGAGAAAUGACAGAUUAGAGGAAAAAUCAAUGGGAUGCAAAUCUGGGGAAAUGGCUGGUGGAGAUAAUUUGGAUACGCUUCACAAGGAUGAUGAUGGUUUCUGUUUAGUCCGGCAGAAGAAAGGCAAGAAAAUUCCAAGUAGUACUAAACCGAGUAGUAGUUCAUACUCAAGUGUGUCAGAUGACGUGGACAUGAACAUAGAUGAACUGAUGGUCAGACUGCGGCAGUGCUGGGCUGAAAUAAAACACUGUGAAUUCUUUAAAGAUGUUUGCAAUUUGCUGAAGAAAACUAGUCCUACAUUGUCUCAGCAGGGUUGUGAGUCAGUUUGCCAUAUACAGUUUGUCAGUUACGGUAUUGGUCACUUCUCAAGCUGUAUCAUUGCUCGAUACCAACUGUGUCUUAUUCUUGCAGUCAGGGAACAGCUGGAGAUACCUGAAUCGUGCUGCUUCGUUUACGACCCAGUGUUUACAGCAGUGGAAAAACAAGCACUUGAGAAACUGAACUUCAAUAUUAUAUCACAAAAUGAGGAAGGCAAACGGCCAUGUACCAGCCCAACCCUAGUGUUCAUGCCUCACUGUGGGAAAGCCCUGUACAACAACUUGCUGUUUGAAAACUGGGAACCUACGCAACUAGUCAACCUCAUUUUGAUAGGAAACAGCUUCACAUCUAUGGUCGACAGGACACCAGAACGACUUCUGAAGAAGACUGGUAGUUACAUACUCAGAAUCCAGCCACACACAACAGAAUCACAGAUUCCAGGAAAUUUUGCCCAUGAUCAAGUCUUCAAUGAUCUGGCUGUUCAUACAUUUAACGAAGACAAAGUUAAAAACUUGUCAAAUGUAUUCUGGCAAAACCACGAAGAGCCAGUUUACGAGAAAGAUGAUUUGGAAAUAAUUGUAAAUAAAUGAAUGCAAUGUUUAUUAAUUACAAGGAUACAAGUAACAUUCUGGGGAGUAACCAGAGGAAAAAAUGAUGAGGCAAACCCAGACCUGUAAAAUAAAUAUCAGUGUCAUGGGAAAAAUAAAAUAAUUUUGGGGAAAUACCAGACGAGGCAAGCCCCUCGUCUGCCUCAUGCUGGCUACGACAUUGACAUUGGACAUAGACUGUGUACGUCUUACUGAAGCUAUAUCUGUAAUAUCUUGUAUUAUCAUAUCUCUUUAAGAAUGAUGUAAUUUAUUAUGACAUAUGGUAAUAAACAAUUCAUUCACAUCCAACUUUGAUGGUGUAAUGUCCAUCAGAUUUGAGGCUGCUAGAUACUGGGUUCAUAGCUCAGUAUUGGCUAUCAUCCCAAAUGAGUUUCAACGUGUCCGACCACUACACCGACUUUAUCUCACCAAGUUCCACUAACAAAGUUAUAAAGUUUGUUUUGUUUGACAACACCACUAGAGCACACUGAUUUAUUUAUCAUCGGUUAUUGGAUGUUAGACAUUUGGUAAUUUUGACAUGUGCAUAGUCUUAGAGUGGAAACCUGCUACAUUUUUCCCAUUAGUAGCAAGAGAUCUUUUAUAUGCAUCAUCCCAGACAGGAUAGCACAUACCAUAGCCUUUGAUAUACUAGUAUUUGAUGUACAGAGUUAAAUAAAGAUAUUUGUUGCAAUAUGGAA